ACACACAGCCGAGCGCUCCAGAUAAGGAGCCAACUGAACAAACUGCAUGGCGGAGCUUCAGGCGGCAACGAACAAUGGGACUUCUACAACUCAACCCUCCCGCCGUCUCCUCCAUUCCCACCAUCGCCCGGCGCUUCCCCCACACCUCCAGCUCCCUCAAGCUCCUCCGCCACUGCCGGCUCUUCGCCAUCGCCACGAACCCCGCGAGCAGCGACGGCAGCGCCGCGCCUGACAACGACGAACCGCCCUCCAUCGACUUCGCCUUCGUCCACCCGAGGCUGAUGCCGGACGGCCUGCCGGACGUGCAUUGCCGGUCGGCCUGCGGCGGCCAGAAGCUGAGGGACAUCAUGCUGGACCACAACAUCGAUCUUUACGGACCAUAUGACGGCCCACUGCUGAACUGCUCCGGAGGUGGCAUCUGCGGGACAUGCCUUGUGGAGGUGGUCGAUGGCAAAGAAUUGUUAAGCCUGCGAACUGACAAAGAAAAGAAAUUGCUCAAGAAGAAGCCCAAGACAUGGAGAUUGGCAUGCCAAACUGUGGUUGGGAACAAAGAUUCCAGAGGGGAACUUGUCAUCCAACAAUUGCCCGAUUGGAAGGUACAUAAUUGGGAGGAUCUAAGAGCAAGUGAGGAGCUUGAGUUUGAGUAGCAUAGUUUAUGAUGGAUAUGAUACCUGCUAUUUCCAAGUGCAAAGAAAGGUUAGUUUGUCUCCUUUGGAGUCUAAUAUGUGGAGAGAGGGAAAAAAAUGUAUGAAUAACAUGAAUAUUUUCUGGGAUCUGCAUGCAUUGUAUUGUGUUACACGGCAAAAUAGCUUCUUGUUCAA